AUGACGGAGGAGCAGAAAAAAUAUUACAACGCCAUGAAGAAACUGGGCUCCAAGAAACCACAGAAGCCCAUCCCAAGACCACUGAACCCUCUGGCUGGCUUCUGUUUCGACCUGGUGAACAGUCAGUGGUUUGACAUCGUCAUCAUGGUGCUGAUCCUGCUGAACAUGAUCACGAUGAUGGUGGAGACGGACGAGCAGCCGCAGCAGAUGGAGAGAAUCUUGUACAACAUCAACCUGUUCUUCAUCGUGGUAUUCACCCUGGAGUGCAGCCUGAAGAUCUUGGCGCUGCGCUGUUACUACUUCACCGUGGGCUGGAACAUCUUCGACUUCGUGGUGGUCAUCCUCUCCAUUGUGGGCAUCGUUCUGGCCGAUAUCAUCGAGAAGUACUUUGUCUCGCCCACGCUGUUUCGAGUGAUUCGUUUGGCUCGCAUCGGCCGCAUCCUACGCCUGAUCCGCGGUGCUAAAGGCAUCCGCACGCUGCUGUUUGCCCUGAUGAUGUCACUACCUGCGCUCUUCAACAUUGGUCUUCUUCUUUUCCUCGUCAUGUUCAUCUAUGCCAUCUUCGGCAUGGCCAACUUUGCCUACGUCAAGCGGCAGAACGGGAUCGACGACAUGUUCAACUUUGAGACCUUUGGCAACAGCAUGCUGUGUCUUUUCCAGAUCACCACGUCAGCGGGCUGGGAUGGCCUGCUGGGACCCAUCCUCAACAACUCCCCCCAGGAGUGCAACCCAAACCUUCCGCACACGGGCACGAGUGUUAAGGGGAACUGUGGGAACCCGUCUGUGGGCAUCACCUUCUUCGUCACCUACAUCAUAAUCUCUUUCCUCAUCGUUGUCAACAUGUACAUUGCUAUCAUCCUGGAGAACUUCAGCGUGGCUACGGAGGAGAGCACAGAACCGCUUAGCGAGGACGACUUUGAGAUGUUUUACGAGGUCUGGGAGAAGCUGGACCCGGAGGCCACACAGUUCAUCGAGUACUCCAAGCUCUCAGACUUUGCCGACUCGCUGUCAGAGCCCCUACGCAUUGGAAAGCCCAACAAGAUCAAGCUAAUCUCUAUGGACCUGCCCAUGGUCAGCGGGGACAAGAUCCACUGCCUAGACAUCCUCUUCGCCUUCACAAAACGGGUUCUGGGCGAGUCUGGAGAGAUGGACGCGCUCAAGCAGCAGAUGGAAGAGAAGUUUAUGAUGGCCAACCCUUCCAAGAUCUCCUAUGAACCCAUCACGACUACUCUACGGAGAAAACAGGAAGAGGUCUCCGCCAGAGUGAUCCAGCGCUGUUACCGCCGCCACCUGGUGCGCCGGCAAAUGAAGGCCGCUUCCUACUUGUACCGCCAGAUUGCCACGCCCCAUCAAGACAGCAUGCCAGACUCCGCCCUCUUCGGGGACGAUGCACCCGAGCGGGAGGGGCUCAUUGCCGCCAUGAUGCGGGAGAACUACGCAGCCGGACUGUUUGCCAUGGAGCGUUCGGAAACUGUGUCCACGGGCCUCAUCUCGUCUCCGCCCUCGUACGACAGCGUGACCAGGGCAGCCGCGGCUGAGGAGGAGGCCACGAGCACCGUCACAGCAAUAAGCUCAACUGGAGGAGGGACUGCGAGCCUUGUCUCCGCUAACAAUAUGUGCAGGGCAGCCGUGGCGGAGGCUACAAAUGCAGUUACAGCAAUAAGCCAGACCGAAGGAGUGACCGCAAGCCUGGACUCAGCUAACGGUGCGCCUGGGGAUGACACCGCAUUAGCAUCGGUCAGCAGUUUCUCUUACUGCGCAGCUAAUGACACGGCUGCCUUCAUCAACAACACAUCAAAAGCCAAUAACACUUCUUCACCUGCCGCCAUGUUUUUGUCUCCGGACACCGACACGUUGGAUAUUGCAGAAGCCGCACCUGCCAGUGACGUAUUACCCGCCGCGGUGAACUUACAGUCUUCGUCUGACCCAGAGCACAAAAUGGAGGACAGGCUCAAUAUGGCCACCGCUGUAACGAAUCAGGGAAACGGACCUUAG